AUGGGCAACAUGCUGCCAUGCCUGGUGCAACAAGCAGGCACAGCAGGUGCUCUGGCGCCGGCCAUGAACCGCAAGCGGAGGCUCAUCUCCCUCAAGCUCCUCAUGAAGGCCAUCCACAAGAUGAAGAAGAAGAGCCCCCGUCCCGGCAAGGCGGCGGCCAAGAUAGAUAGCAAAUCAUCGUCGUUGUCGUCUUCAGCGGCGGCCGCGGUGGAGGACGGGAAAGGAGGAGAAGUGCUUGAUGAGGCGAGAAGCAAGGCCGCCGCCAGCCGCACCAACAACCCCAAGGGCGCCGUGCUGAGGUCCAGGCUCCACGGUCAGAGAGGGGGCCUCAAUAAGAAGGGGAAGGGCGUCGUGCGAGUGAAGGUGGUCCUGACCAAGGAGGAGGCCGCGCGGCUGCUGUCGCUGACCGUCGGCGGCCAGAAGCACACCGCCGCGCAGAUCGUGGCCGAGAUGAGGAAGAUGGAGGCCCGCCGCGGCGCCGCCAAUGCGGCGUGGCGCCCCGCGUUGGCCAGCAUCCCGGAGGAGUCGUCGUAG